UACACCCAGGAGGUUUCAACAAGAGCAGACUUCCUAAAGUACACGACCGACAGCUGUUGUGCACGGUCACUGUCACACUGAGCUAAGAAACAACUCCCUGUCAAUUACAAUACACGUUUUUUUUUUUUACCUCAGCAGUCGGCAGAGUGUAGAUUAUCGAGAAACCCGCGGAACUAGUUUCGCAUUCCUUUAUUCCACUCGGACAUAUUUAUAACCCGGACAACAGAAACAUCUCCUCCUUGCCAAGUAUGCCGGAUAUGUCGCUGUUAUGAUGAUCUGAGUAUAAAUACACUUUCUGUCCUAUUGCGCGUUGUGAAACACAGUGGAACGACACACGGUUGUACAUCGGGGGUGUGAUAAAUGUCAUCAUGGAGUCGGGACGGUGGAGAGGUUUGAGCAGUGUCCUGUCCUCCCUGUCUCUGCUCUGUGUGGUCCUGGACCUACAGUUGGACGGUGUGUUAGGAGCAACACCUGUUGAGAUUGAGCAUCAUCUGGAAAUGGGCCGUAAGCUGCUGGCAGCCGGACAGCUGGCUGAGGCCCUGUCUCACUAUCAUUCAGCUGUGGAGGGUGACUCUAAGAACUACCUGACAUACUACAAACGGGCCGCUGUUUUCCUGGCUAUGGGAAAGUCCAAGUCAGCACUUCCUGACCUGACACAGGCCAUACAGCUCAAGCCAGACUUCCUUGCUGCUAGACUGCAGAGGGGUAAUAUCCUACUGAAGCAGGGAAGUACUCAGGAGGCCAGAGAAGACUUUCUAGCAGUGCUGAAGCGUUCCCCGGACCACGAGGAAGCACAUGAUCAGCUCCACAAGACCGAGGAGCUGGAGGUACUCCAGGAAGAGGCACAUGAGGCCCAUCAUCGUGGAGACUACAUCACUACAGUCCAGGUGCUGGAGAAAGUCAUAGAGCUCUCUCCUUGGGACCCGGAGUCUCGAGAGCUAAGAGCCGAGUGCUACAUCCGACUUGGGGAUCCGCGGAAGGCCAUUAUGGACCUGACGCCAGCAACGCGUCUUCGUGCGGACAACCGAGCAGGCUUCCUCAAACUCAGUCAACUCCAUUACAGUUUGGGCGAACAUCACGACUCGCUUAAUCAGGUCCGUGAGUGUCUGAAGCUGGAUCAGGAUGAUAAGGAGUGUUUCGCUCAUUACAAACAGGUCAAGAAGCUCAGCAAGCAGCUGGACUCUGCAGAAGAGCUGAUCUCAGAACAGAGGUAUCAGGAGGCCAUUGAGAAAUAUGAAUCUGUGAUGCGAACAGAGCCGAACGUGGCAUUCUACACUAAUAAAGCAAAGGAGAGAAUCUGCUUCUGCUUAGUCAAAAUGAAGAGUGCUGAGGAAGCCGUAGACAUUUGUUCAGAAGCCCACCAGAGAGAACCUCAGAAUAUCUACAUCCUCCGGGACCGAGCGGAGGCCUACAUCCUACUGCAGGAAUAUGAGAAAGCUGUGGAAGACUAUCAGGAGGCACGGGAGUUUGACCAGGAAAACCAGGAGAUUCGUGAAGGUCUUGAACGAGCACAGAAGCUCCUCAAGCAGUCUCGCAAGAGAGAUUAUUACAAGAUCCUGGGGGUCAGCAGGAGUGCCAACAAACAGGAAAUCAUAAAAGCGUAUAGAAAGCUGGCUCAGCAGUGGCAUCCUGAUAAUUUCCAAUCUGAAGCAGACAAGAAAGAGGCAGAGAAAAAGUUUAUUGAUAUCGCAUCAGCAAAGGAAGUGCUCACAGAUCCAGAAAUGCGUCAGAAAUUUGAUGCCGGCGAGGACCCCCUGGACCCCGAGAAUCAGCAGGGUGGAGGUGGAGGAACCAGAGAAUGGCCCUUUGGCUUCAACCCCUUUGAGGGUGGAAACUUUCACUUCAAGUUCCACUACAACUGAUAACAGAGAGGCUGAUGCACGGACAAUGAUUUGGACUAAGAAACCUGGCUAGAGAAUCUGCUUUAUCCAAACUGAACUUUGGAGGAAUCUUAUCAAACAAAGAGUUUUUUUUUUUUUUUUGUUCUUGUUGAGACUUGAAUCCAAAGGCUGUUUUGGACUUCUCCAGGAGCAAAUUACUUGAUUGGGCAAACACUAUUAGUUUGGUGUUUGAUUUCCUGUCCUUAAAGACUUAAAAUGGAGUAUAGUUGAACUUGGAGUCUUAACCCCAGCUGAGUCAUUUUGGCUCAAAAUUUUCAGUCUUUCUUUGACAUACGUGCCAUUUCUAACAUUACUUUUUCUGUCUCAUGCUUUUUUUUCUGCUGCUUAUGUUUGUUUUCUUUAAAUGACACUCCAGAAUUUAGGGUUGUGGUUUCUUUUAGACUGUGCCAUGUACUUCUGACAGCAGUAUGUCAUAUUUGCGUUCUUAAAGCUUCAACUCUGACAUGCUGGCAGUCUUGAAAUAGAUAAAACAGUAUUGCACACUUUUUUUUGGCAAAGGAGGUACCUUUUCUCAUAUCUUUGUCUUAUGUCUGUUUUUUUUUUCUCUUUAAUUGCAUAAAGCCAUCAGAAAUGAAUGUUCCCUUGGGCUGCUUUAUAUCCUGACACCUUCGAUCUGAUACCAGUUUGCACAAUAGUUUUUUACUAAGAUCUUAGCUAAAAGUUUACAUGACAGAAUGUUUAUGAUCAUUCUACAGCUGUUGCUGAUGAUAAAUCAGAUGACAGGCUAUGAAGCAGCCUUUAUUUGGUCGAAGUCUUGUGUCUAAUAUAUCAACAGGUCAAUGUCCCACAACAAAGCUUUGAAACUAUUAUGUAAACUUAAUAAGUUACCCUGCACUUUCUCAUUUUGAGUUAAAGGUCAACCAACUUAAGUAAUCACUAGCUAUUGGAAAAUAAUUUUACACAAAAAAAUGUAUUAUUUGAUGACUUAUGAAAUGUGGCAAACAUAAUUUAAAAGGUUUGCAAGGUUUUGGGUAUGUGAUUGUUAGUUUGUGCCGACAUGCCAGUGCAGUGUCUUUUUUGACCUUACUGAUGUUAAGGACAUAGGUCUUCCUAAUGUUUUAUGCUUGUUUUUCAUUUGUUUUAAGCUAAACAAAUUCAUGAAAAUCUCCAAGAUAUACUGUAUUUAAGAAAGGGUAUUGAAGAA